CGUAGGCGCUUCAGUCUCUGCUUGGGACGCGAAGGUUCAAGAGCGCGGCUUUACGAACGGAUCCUCUCGGAUUACGCGAGGCGCGCAUAUACAAAGAGAGAAAGAGAGAGAGAGAGAGAAAGAGAAAAAGAGAAUAUAUACACAGAGAUAGAUAACGGCGAUCCUCAUAGUUGACAUCGUUCACGUACCUUACGCAGAUGCCAAAAGAGGAAGAGUUCGAAUUUGGAGAAAACGACGAAGUAGGAAUUUGUCUUUAAUUGACGAUUUUCAUCUUUUUCUUUGGCUCUUUUUCGUUCCUUCGAUCAGCCUAAUCAUCCCCCACUCGUAACCGAAGACGACGCCUUUGCGUCGCGACGCCGUCUUUUCUUUUUUUUUUUUCUCUUCUCUACUCUACUUUAUUCUUCUCUCUCUCUCUCUUUCUUUCUCUCUCUUUUUAUCUAUCUUUGUCUGAAGAUCACUAAUCGAGCGACUCAAUUCACACACGCUCGUUGCUCUCGGGAAAUUUCGUGAUGUAGGCGUUCGAGUAGCAAUCAUAGUGACAGAGCCUACCUACCGCUCGUGUUUGCUUCGACGAAGAGGUUAGACGCACGAUAUACGCAUUUCCCGACCCUCGGUUCGGUGAAUAUACCUAUAUAUAUAUAUAUAUAUAUAUAAAUAAAUGUAUAUGUAUAUACAUACACACAUAUAUAUGUAUAUAUAUAGAUAAUAAUAUUCCGGUGUGGCUCAUGCGAUUUUUCUCGCGGGUGUUAAUCGACUACGCCAAUCGCUUUAGAGGAUCCUCGCUCUGCUAGACAACGCAUUCAUAUAAUAAGAAUCAUCGAUCAUGGCGGUACUACUGGAAGCCAGGCCUUACAGGCCUUUUAAAUCUUCAGAGGAGUAUUUGGUCGCAAUGAAGGAGGACUUGGCCGAAUGGUUGAAUGCACUUUAUCCAGAACUUAGAAUCAAUGUUGACAAUUUUAUGGAUCGAUUGGACACUGGCGUGGCAUUAUGCAAACACGCAAACAACGUAAGGAAGUCAGCAGCUGAAUACGUGGCACGUAGACAAGCACGAAAAAUUUCGAUGACGCGUUCGAUAACGUCGUCAUUGGCUUUACCUAUGUCCCAAUUGAGCGACGUAGCCUUUUUACCAAAUGCAAAAGCUGGAACCUUUUUUGCCCGUGACAACGUCUCAAAUUUCAUUGGUUGGUGCCGUAACAGUCUUGGUAUCAUCGAAUGUCUUCUCUUCGAGACCGACGAUCUGAUAAUGCGGAAGAACGAGAGGCACGUGAUACUCUGCAUGCUCGAGGUGGCGAGGCGCGGUGCAAAAUUUGGUAUGCUCGCGCCGAUGUUGGUCCAAAUGGAAAGACAGAUCGAUCGUGAGAUCGCUGCUGAAAACAAAGCUGCCAACGGUACGCAAACCAAUGGUAAUUCGAACGAGGACAGCGACGACGACGAAUAUGCCGACAUGCAUCAGGAAGAACCUUGCCUCAUUUACGGUCCCCAGCCACAGAUCGUUACUAACGAUCUCAAGAGUCUCGACGAGAUGGUUCGAGAUUUAGUCGAGAGAUGCACGUGUCCGACACAAUUCCCAAUGAUUCGUGUGUCCGAAGGGAAAUAUCGCAUUGGAGACACCAAAGUUCUCAUAUUUGUUCGUAUUCUACGUAGUCACGUUAUGGUACGUGUUGGCGGUGGUUGGGAUACACUAAGUCAUUAUUUGGACAAGCACGAUCCCUGUCGAUGCAGAACUUCACAUCGUUCGAUGAUAUCCGCAAAAUUGAUUCAAAAGGCCGGUGGCUCGUUCGAUCUCGGGAGUGCGCAGGUGCAUUACGAAAGAUCACCUCCAAGGACUCGAAGAAGUUCCGCAUCGAGCGUUGGUUCUUGCGCUGGGACGACGUUGCAGAAUCAACAAUCGGCAGCAGCGGCUGCGGCAGCGGCUGCAGCAGCUGCUGUAGCAACUACAGCUAUGGGUACUGUUGGACAGCUGCACGCGCCCAGAAACAUUUCAAGCAAUCGUUCGAGAUCGCCCACACCUCAGCAAACCAACAAGUAUCAUCAUCAGCAUCAACACCAAUAUCAACAUCACCAUCAUCAACAACAACAACAACAACAACAGCAGCAGCAGCAACAACUGGGAGAUGAUCAACAGAAAAAGAUAAAUCGUUCGAGAAGUCCAACUCCACAAAGGAAAUUUUUGAACAGUCCGAGUCAUCAUCAACAAGGUACAACUAUUGGUGACUUAGGGAAACAAAGAUCAAGGUCACCCACUCCUAAGGUAAUCUUGAGAUCUAAAAGUCCAACUUCUAAGGUGGAUCAACAUGUCAAGAUCGCCAAUACUGUCGUUGAUUCACCCAGAAAGAUCUUCAAUGACGAUUCUCGAACUCUCAUCGGUCAGGCCAAACAUUCGUCGGAUCCGAAGAGAGAGUUGCACCAGGAGAUCAAAGCGAAAGUGCCGCUUUCGGAGGAGUUCACGAGGAGAUACGUGGUUGAUGGAGGAGUAGCACGUAGGGCGGUCGAAAGGGAAGACACACCGAAAUACGAGCCAACGAUUUACAAUUACAAGUGCCGAGAGGAUUCGAGCAGUCGUAGCCCUACUCCAAGUCCGCCCGCCAUUAAGGAAGAACCGGCAUUGGAAAGUUUUACAAAGGACACAACCACGGUCACCUCCAAUGUUCAUUACGCAAAAUCACUUCACGGGGAUGGGGAACAUUCGGACAAUUGUAGCGAAGUAUCAGACGAGGGCUAUCGAAGCCUCGGUGCCGUACAAUCAUCAACUACGGCCAAUGGAAAUUCUGCUUCGAACGUUCAAUCAUCACCGACGGUUGCCGAUUCUCAAAAGCAACCCACGAAAACGGAGCAGCAAAACGAGGAGAGAUCCUGCGUAGAAACGGAAAGUAUCGAGACUGGUCUGCGAAAGACUAGAAUAGGACCGGGUAGUCCAUUGAGAGCUUCACCAGCUAGAAGCGUGGCAUCAUCUUCCGGUGAUAGAACGCCAAAAGCUGGUUCGGUAAUACGAGAGAACAGUAACGUAUCGAGAGCAUCAUCGGGUAGCAGAACUCCAAGGGAAAGUAAUUCAAGUCCCGAAGGUAGUCCAUUGAAACGUGGAACGAUUAGAAACAGUUUACGAAAGCCACCAACUGGUAGUCUGAGUAAAGCUUCGGCGUUACCGAAGUCCAGUCAUCUUAGCACCAGCGGUAGCAAUACGUGGAAUGGUCGACAGGCUAGACAGAGGCCUAGUUUGCAAUCCGACACCUUUUUGAAUCCACAAGGAUCGGCAACCUGUGCGACUACGCCGAGCUUUUCGAGAAAGAGUACAGUAAGACAAAGUCUACCGAGGCCUGCCAGCAACAACGGUGGACCACAAUACGAUAGAAACGGUCGUAGAAUUAAACAAUCGGCAACUGGUUCUCUUCAAUCGUCACCUACUAAAGUGGCCAAUCCAUUGUUGGAACAAAUUCUACAGAAAGUUGGCCAUUUGCGGGACGAUCGUGAGGUUGUACAAAAAUUGCAAGAUCUUUUAAGGGAUUAUCAGGUUAACAGUCUUGGUGAGAAUGAUCCCACCCUUGAUUUUACAAGAGCUUGGAUAGACGGCAAUGGAACCGUUGCUCUUCCUCAGGAUAAUCAAAUAGUUGCUAGCCCAAGAAAGGAUCCCAAGGCUGCUUCGGAAAGGGGUGGCUUCUCAAGGAUACCAGCGCCCAUUUACAAAAGGCCCAUGUCCGUCGCCUCGGACAGCGUCUGAGAAUGGUCCUUUAUCCUUAAACGGGAAAACAAUCAUCGAUCAUCGGUUAUAUCAUUUCGUAAUAUACCGAUUCGGUGAUCCAACGAAAAUUAUAUUUUUUCCUCUUGAAUUUUUCUUCUUUCUUUUAUAACGACGAUAAUUAAUCUUUCAUCGUGAAAAUAAUAUAUACGUACAUACAUAUAUAUAUAUAUAUAUACAUAUAUAUAUACAUAUAUCGUCUCGUUUGUCUUUCACGAAGCUAUUAGAUUUUUAUUUUGUAACGUUUAACGAAAAGAAAAAUUUAAGAUAAAUCUCGUUUAAAAAUUUUUUAAUGGUGCACGGGUUAAUCGGUAUCUUACGAGAAAUGACGAUGAUAUAUAUGCGAGGAUAUUAAUGAUAAUUACGACGAUGCCGGUGCUCGGACGAUGAUGGUGCUUGAACGAUACGCGAAUAUAUUUCGAUUUCGAUUUCGAUUUCGUAGAAACCUCGGUGUUUAAAUUUGUCGAACGAACUGAAUGAACGAAAUCAAUGACGAGAUUCGAUUAUCGAAGAACGGCUAAAAUUUUAAUGAAGGUAUUUGCCGAUCUUGCGUAUUAUUACUAUUAAUUACUAUUAUUACUAUUACUACUACUACUACUACUACUACUACUACUACUACUACUACUACUACUACUACUACUACUACUACUACUACUACUACUACUACUACUACUACUACUACUACUACUACUACUAUUGCUGCUGCUACUAUUGCUGCUACGAUAACUUCCCAAUCGAACUCGUACUUGAAAAGGGACGACUCUCCUCUUCUUUUUUUUUUUUUCCACGAACGAAACGAGUCUAAUCUUUCGAUUAUAUUAUAUUGACUGAUUGAUUGAUUGAUCGAUCGAUUGAUUGAUUGAUUGACUGAUUGAUUGAUUGAUUGAUUAUCGACGGUGAGCAAAAUAAAAACAAUAAAGAAAAAAGGGGAAGAGAAAAAAAAAUUGCAAACACGAUAAAUCAAUAUAUACCGUAUAAUCUUUGAAUCGAUCAUUCUCCUUCGAUAAGCUCGACCCACGAGAUUAUCAUUGACGAGCUAUCGAGAACAGGUGUAAAGGUAAGAGCGAGAGAGAGAGAGAGAGAGAGAGAGAGAAAAGAGAGUAGACUCGUUUCGUUGAAAAAGGAGAGAGAACACUUGCGCGUUUCCGUGGGUUCGGCUCGACCCUUCAAGGUCGAUCACUCGAAAACUCGAAGGUGUUGCGCGUCACGAGGUGCUUUUUUUAGAUUAGUAAGCGGGAUCGACGAUGACGACGAUGACGACGAACUCCAUGAUCCUCUUGGUUUUCGAUUUUUCCAAAUCAAAAUUUUCAUAAAAUUCAUUAAUCAUAACAAUAUAAUAUUAUAAUAAUUUUACGAUACUCGUUGCAAUCAUUAAAUCCCAUAAUUGUUAUCAAUACGUUUCUUUACUUUCUCCUAUUCUUUUAUAUCUCUCAUCCGUUACGUCUGACAUUUCAUUUUUUUCACCUCGAGAAAAAUUUUCAAAAAUUUCCUUAACCAAAUCACAUGUACAAUACAUAUAAAUGCACACGUACAACCAAAAAGACCUUGCUCGUCGUCGAUCGUCGCCAUCGCUCGAUCCGUGUGUGUUUAUUAUUGAAAUUAAUUUAUUAAUUAUAUAGUCUAUCGGUUGUAUUUAUUGAACAGAGAGAUAGAUAGAGAGGAAAAGAGACAGAGACAGAGACAGAGAGAGAGAGAGAGAGAGAGAGAGAGGAGGGGCGGGAGGGAGGGAGGAUUUAUUUACGCGUUAAGACCUCGCUUACCUGGCCGAUCGUGCGACUGUGGUCAAGGACAAAGAGACGCGAGGAUGGACGAGUUUUCGAUAAAGAAGGAGCUCAGAAAGGAAAAAAGAAAUACAAAAAAAAAAAAACAAACAAAAAAAGAAACAAAAUAAAAGAGAUUGCAAUUAUUCGUCCCUUUUUUCUUUCUCUCACUCUCUCUCUCUCUCUUUCUCUCAAUUGUAAGUCUCACUCUCGUUUCGAACGUUGUCGAAUAUUUCGAAGGAAGUGAAUAAAAUUAGAAUUGUCUGGGGGAAAGAAAAAAAAAGAAAAACAAAAGAAUAUCCUUCCUCGUGUUCGAAAAGAAAAAAAAAAAAAAAGGAAAAAAAAAAGACAAAAAAAAAAGGAUGAAAAUUUAAAUCAUAGUCUUUAUCGAAAAAUUUUAAUCGUAUUAUACGUAAAUACGUGCAUUUACGCGCGUAAGUAUACGCAUUGACACGCGAGCAUUUACAUACACUAUUUUCACUUUAUUCCUCCUCUUCCUCCUCCUCCUCCUCCGCCCUCUUUCACCUCCUUCCUCCCCCCCUCCCCUCCUCCAGCUCAUUCUCCUCAACCCUCAAACCUCUAUCCUUCAUAUCUUAGCCCUAUGAACCCGUUUAUAUCCUACAGAUUAAUCCUCUUUUUUAAAAAAAGGAAAAGAGAGAAAGAGAGAGAGAGAGAGAGAGAGAGAGAAAGAGAGAAAGAGAAAAAGAUAACACAAUAAUAA